AUGGACCGCCUCGGGCACGCGCGGGUGGUUCAAGUGGGCGAAGUCGUGACAAGUCGUCGCUAUGUACUGCUCACUGUCGCAGCCACCGGCAUCGCGGCAGCCAGUGCCGCCCAGCGUCUACACCCCUUCUCUUCCGCUGAUUCCGUGCUAUCCAUGUCCAAGCUCUUUGCCGAGGAGCUCAUGAGCUCCCGCGUAAACGUCCUGAUUGUGCUGCAUUUUGUUCUAGUGGUCCUGUACUAUGCUUUUCUACUGCUGGCACGCACUGCAUUGGGGACUUUGCAGCCAAUGGAGUUACAGCAGACCAAAGAAACGCUCGUACCGUUCGUGUUGCUGCGGUGUCAGCUGCUCUUGAGCACCAUGGAGUUCACAGCUCCAGGACGAGGCACAGAGAUUGGACUGCUUGUGUCUUGGCUUGCAGUGCUGGUUGUGCUGCGAGCACUACUGGCUCUGACUCAAGUUCGGUUCCAGCAUUUGCUGACGAGACCCUUGACUCAAGUGCGGGACUUGCAACGACUAGGAGCAGUGCUGGGCCUUGUGAUCGUGCUCGAUCUGGGACUCCUUGCUGUGUGCAUGCGGUUUGGUCUCUUUCGGGAGAAAAUUAUGUACGUGCCGUGGUUCGAGGCGUCGCUGAUGCUGCUUAGGACGCUGGAGCUUGGCUUACAGGUCAGCUUUCAUAGUCUGGAUGUCGGUGGAGUUGCUCUGUUUGCCGACGACGGGGUCACGACCUCAGGAUGGUGGGAGAAUAGUGAGUUUUACUUGCUGCUUCUGCAGACUGUGCUGUGUGGAUGCUACUUGAUGCAGCUGGUGUCGUACUAUUUGUAUGUCAUCAGCGCGGACCAGUUCCGCGUCAGUCUCUUUGAUCUUGUCCUGGUGUUGAAUGUCAAGAACGCUACUGUGCGACUGCUUGAAAAGGUGAGGCAUGUGAAGCUGUACCACCAAGUGGUACUGGAUCUGGAUCAGCUUUUUCCAGACGCCACAGCGGAGGAGCUCGAUAGCGUUGCCGACGAUGUAUGUGCUAUCUGUUUGAAAUCGAUGUCUUCGCGUGCCAAGAAGCUGGAUUGUGGCCAUCUUUUCCACCGCCUGUGUCUUCGUCAGUGUCUGCAAAAAGCAUCCGAAAGCGACUCUCUUGUCGGUCUGAACCCGUUGACGCAUAUGUUGAACGGACUGGGGAUGGAGAGUCCGUUUCCGCAAGUUGCCGGAACGACUCCAACGGGCUCUCCUUUGAUGCGCUGUCCCAUUUGCCGGAAACAAGUAUGUGGGGGAAAGGGUGAUGAGGUGACCUGCAGCCGACCGGUAGAAUCUACCCGCCAGCUCGACGGUGAAGCAGUAGAGCUGCGAGAAAAUGGACAGCCACAGCACGAACUUGCCACUGCGGACACUAUUCGAGAUGAAGCGCAUGUUCAUGCAGCUGUAGGCGAUAACGGAGGAGCACCCGAAGAAGUGAUUCGCUUCAGCACGGCGUUUCUGUCCCGAUGGGUGCCAUUUCCCAAUUUCUCGUUCGAGAUAGUCCGUCAUCGCAACAUUGAACCAACAAAUGAGAUGUUGCAGCAAAUCUGGGAGGUUUUUCCCCAGUACACUCUGGAGGAGAUUCGUGCCGAUGUUACUCAAACGCGGUCAGUCGAACGCACUAUGGAACGCAUUCUUCAUGGACGGUUGGAUGAGCAACGGGUUGCGAUGGAACAGCAAAACACUGAUCGUGCUGAUAUGGGCGCCAACGGAGUGUUUGGUGGCACGAUUGUCGAUUAG